GGACAUUGGACAUUCGCCAAUCCGCCGAACACACCUUUUUUCUUAUCCCUACCAUUUAUCCGCGUAGAUGCGUCUUCUGUCAAUUGAAAUUCGCCCACCCGGUCCUACGGUCCUUUUCCAGAGCCCGUCCUCGUUCUCCUUCGACCACCUAUCGUAAAAUUUUUCGCUUCAUCAUUUAUUAUUUCCAAACGAUUACCCAAUUCCACAGUUUCUCCUCCUUUUUUUUUCCAUUGAUACGUGACAAUUAUCGCGCUUCACUCAGGUCUGGCGCAUUCACUCGGCGACGAAUGCAAUUUGACAGUACUACACGCGUCGCGUACAUACGUUUCUUCGCAUAUCGUCACAGCUUACUCCUUAUACUGUGACAUCGUGUCAGUAAGCAAUGCUGUAAUAUUACGAUCCUUCGUCGUCUAUAAUUCUAUGCAUGUACCCGGGUGAGAAAAAUAAUGGAUUCGAUGUUCUUUACCAUAACAUGAAGCAUGGUGUUGUCGCCAGCAAAGAGCUGGCUGACUUCUUACGAGAGAGGUCAGCCAUAGAAGAAAACAACUACAAGCUUCUCAGUAAAGUUGCCAAACAGGCCAGCGGCAGCGGUGGAACUCAAGGAACCUUUGCACCGGUGUGGGCUGCGCUCAGAGGUGCUGCAGAAAAACUCGCCAGUCUGCACUUGCAGAUGGCACAGAAGGUUGCGGAAUUGAUUAAGGAUGUCUCCAAAUAUGCUGACGAACUUCACAAGAAGCAUAAAGCUGUAAAGGAGGAGGAAUCGAGUACCCUGGACGUCGUGCAGAAUAUUCAAAGUAUAAUGACGACCUUACAAAAAGCUAAGGAUAUCUGUGCCCAGAGAGGCACAGAGUUGGAAAAGCUGAGAAAAGACAGCGCCAGUCAACGGGAGCUCGAAAAAGCCGACGCCAAAUUCAAAAAAUCACAGGACGACUAUAAGGCACUGGUCGAAAAGUACACCACCAUACGCAAUGACUUUGAAGCUAAAAUGACUCAGGCGUGCAAACGAUUUCAAGAUGUAGAAGAAACCCAUCUCAAGCAUAUGAAAGAGUUUCUCAAUACAUACGCGGAUGUUCUGCAAUCCAAUCAUGAACAAGUUGGCCAAGUUCACAUAGACUUUAAAAGGCAGUGUCUUGAUAUGACUGUGGACAAAUUGUUGGAACAAUUUGUACAGAGCAAAUACACAGGGUUUGAAAAGCCAGGUGUAAUCGAGUAUGAGGACGCAAUGCUGAACUUUGGUAUGACGAAUCCCGUGACCACGACGGUGGCCAUGACAUCGACCACUUCGCUGCAACCGAUGCCAUUGGAAGGGAGCGGGGAGGUGUCAAAGGCUACUAAUGGCGAAACAGGGGUCGCUGGUAAAAAAAUUAACUCGACAAAAACUGGGGGGGCUAAGGGGCAAGGUAAUUUUGUGAGCGGAGAGGAACGCGUUAGUCCGGAAGAGAAUGAAGACAUUGUGGAAAGAAAGAAACAAGACAGAGAACCACAGCAACGACGAGAACGAGAUCGAGAACAAGAGCCACAGCCACCGACGAAGGCCUCCCGUCGUGCCACUUCGCUCCUUAAUCUUUUCAUGUCCAACUCCCAGGAGCGACAGAAGAACUCAGGGUCUGUCGGUACAGCCAUACCCAAUUCCCAACGGAACAAUCUGCCUCCCGCCGUAUCACCUUCCAGCAUCUCCAGGAACCCUCUAAGAGGAUCUAAAUGGUUUUUACGGAGCAGAAGGGAGAAAAAAAAGGAGAGGAAGGAGAAGAAAGCCAAGAAGAAGAAGGACACAGUGGAAACUAGCAGUAACAGAGAAGAAAAGUCUGAUUCGGAGGAGAAAGACGAUAGUCGGAAGACAGGUACUCCGACCCCGGAGGUUGAUGAGGAUGGCUUUUGCAUAAAGCCAAAGGUUGACCCUUGGGAAAAUGAACGUGGUUUCUACUCUAGUUCGGAUACAGAGUCGGAGGACGAGAGAGAGCGGAAAAUUCGAGUUGAAAUUAAACCAUUGAGCAAUGGUGGAGCUCCUAUGAGUGCCAGUGUCGACGAACUCAGAGCAACCGUCGAAAACCUGUCGCUUUCACCUGUUGGUACUAUCAUGGGUCGUAGAGGAUCAAAUGCAGAGACGGACCACCAUAUGAAGAGAUCGCAAUCGGUUUCGCAACAACUGGGUGGAAAACCUAGCUCCGAUCUACUCGGUUUGAACCUUUUCAAUCCCAGUAGUACGCCGUCCAGCGCUUCAACGCCUACCGGGGGUCACCCUUAUGCUUCACUGCAGAGCCCACCUCCGCUCUCCUCCCCACCGGCAACGCACCCUGUGACGACUGUCUCUCAACCAUUGUCCCAUUAUCACACUGCAGUCAACGUCCAUCCGCAUGCUCGGUCCCAAGAUGGCGAUCUGUUCUCUGAGGUCGGCGAGAUUGGUGUGGCUCUACCUCCGAAACAAACGUCUAGCUCCUCUAUCGCGAUUCCGCGACCUCCGUCGAGACGAGGAGAUGGAACGAGCGUCGCUACAUCGAGAGGUCGGGUCUCCCCAGCUACAAUAUCUAGGGCAGACAGCGUCGCAAGUUUGGAAUUCCGGACGGCCGGUGUGGCUGUUGGAUCUUCUAGGGGCCCAUCGCCCUUGACGAUUGGUCUUGCAGACACGAUACCUCUCGCUGUAGCUUUUCACGAGAUAAUCCAUUCUUACUUCAGAGGAACAGAUGAAACGAGAUGUCAGGUAAAACUCAGCGGAGAUAUGAUGCUCUCGUUCCCUGCUGGGAUCGUUGCGGUUCUCGCGAAUAAUCCUAGCCCCGCGCAGCUCACUUUUCGGGUGAGAAAUAGCAACAGGCUCGAAAAGUUACUGCCAAACAGUCAGCUCGUUACUUUGGAUGCUACACAAUCAACGGCUGACAGCGCAAUUUUUGACUUCAAUAUGAGUGCCUUAACCACCUUGCUGAGACGGCAGGCGGAACAGAAUCCCUCGGCUUCCUACUUUAAUGUCGACAUACUGAAAUAUCAGAUUAAAAAUAAGGAGGGUGCUGGAUCUUGUCCAUUUCAACUCGUCGCAUACUGGAAGUGCGAGUCUACCCACACAGAUUUGAAAAUCGAUUACAAAUACAAUAGCCGGGCAAUGGCCUCACCCAGCCCGUUGUUGAACCUUCAUGUGGCAUCGCCGAUCGAUGGGGGUUUCAAAAGCCUACACAGUAAACCACUUGCCCAAUGGCUUCCGGAUUCAAACCGAAUAUUAUGGAAAUUCACUGAACUCUCGCAGCACAGCGAAGGAGGUGGCGUUGGGUCCCUCAAGGCCAGGAUUGAGCUAGAUCGCGGACCAGGAUCUCAAGGGACGAUCUUCACCCAAUUUAAUUGCGAAGGAACAACUUUAUCCGGAAUCGAAUUCGAGCUUGUCGGCGCAGGAUAUCGGCUCAGCUUAGUAAAGCGCAGAUUUGUCUCUGGGCGGUACAUGUGCGAUGGAGAUUCUGAUCCUAAAACGAGAUAUGCCGCACCUCCUUUGACGGUGGACUGACUGGUGCCUGAGAAGGUGGAUAACCCAAGUUGACAGCCUGAUGGAAAAUUUCGAGAAUCCCUGCGGCAGUGUCGAAAUCGAAGACUGAAGAGUCAUUCGUAUUCCCAUGACCUUUGCCCCAUUCUGAACCACACGACACCAUCGAAACUGAAAAUUUAAUUUCUAGUAUCGAAGAAAUCAUUUUCACAGCAACAUUCGCAAAUUUUACACCAUAUCGUGAUGUUUUUGCAGGAAGUUGGUCCCACAGGAUAAUUUGUGACUGAAAAUCAAAUCAAAUCAAAAUUCUCGGUUCCCAUUAUGCAGAGGAUAUACAACUUGAGUCGAUAUUCGAAACCUAUAUCCCUAUCGGCACUGCAAGCUACGAUGAUUAGCUAUUGCUACGACGUUUCGCUAACAAGAUGAAUGGAAUUCGGAUAGACUAUAUUUUACACAACACAUUAGGAUUCCCCAUCCACACUGAACACGGUACAUUUCCCCUCGUUGUUAUAACGUGCCCUAUAUAUUGUUUGUAUUUUAAUACUAUCAUUGAUAUUAAAAACUGUUAUUCUCAUUUUCAUUAGUAGCAUCACCAUCAUCAUCAUCAUCAUAAUUAUUAUUAUUAAUAUUAUUGUUAUUAUUAUUCUUACUAUUCUCAUUAGCUACAACUAUUAUUAUUACUUUCAUUGUAUCGUCAUAUUCAUUGUAGUCAGCAUCGACAUUGCUAUCAUUGUAAUGAAACAAAUCUCCUAGCCACAGGUGGUAGAAAAUUUUCGGACAAAAUGAUCGACAGUGUUUCUGCUUGGCUUUGCCCAUAUGUUGGUUCCAUAUAGUUGGGCAAUACAUGCAAAUAAGACUUCAUAGAUAUCUCUGUAAUCAUAUUAUAAGUGUAUAUUGUAUUCAUUACAAUAAUGUAUUGUAAAUAACCGAACUGCAUAGUUAUACCUAUAACUACAUUGUAAAACUAAAAUAUUUGUAAGGAUUAUAGUAUAUCGUUUGACUUCCUCGAUCUUCAGUUUUGUAUUAGCUCUUUCGAACAAAGCAUUGUUGAAUAUUAUAACAUAUUGUAAUAAUA